AUGCCGCAAGCUAGACGCAAGACCCCGUUUAGUGGGAAGGCUAAAAAGCAACAACUGCAAUGUAAAAAACAAAAUAAGACACUAUUGAUGUCAACAUCAUCUGGCACCAAUGCAUAUGAUGUGGUGUCCGUCAACUACCAGCCUUCUCGACCCAGGGGUGGCAGAAACGCCAACAGAUAUGCUCUCAAGUUCUAUAGAGAAAGUGAUGAAGAAGUGGCCAUAAAAAAGGAAUUAGGACUAAAAGAAUUAGAACCGGUUCCAGAAGAGGACUUAGAAAUAAACCCUCCAGAUUUCUUCCCAGCAGGUGUUUCGUUCCCCAAAAGACCGCCAUGGGAUUUUAACAUGACACCGGCCCAGCUUGAUGCACAAGAGCAGAGAUAUUUUAAGAAUUAUGUAGACCAGCUGCAGAGUACUCUUCAUUGGAAGAACAUGUCCUACUUUGAACUGAACUUGGAGACCUGGAGACAGCUGUGGAGGGUGCUGGAGAUGUGUGAUAUACUCCUGCUGAUCGUGGAUGUCAGAUACGCUGGAAUGAUGUUCCCCCCAUCUCUUUAUAAAUACAUAGUUGAGGAUGAAAAGAAGGAUAUGAUUCUAGUGCUGAACAAGAUUGAUUUAGUACCAGCCAGCGUUGUGUGUGCUUGGAAGGAAUUCCUGACUAAGACCUACCCGGGGCUCAAAGUUGUAUACUUUACGUCCUGCCCUGGGUACAACCUCCAUGGAGCCACUAGCGAUAAGGCAGGUUUACAAGUCCGUCGUCGAAAAGGCAAACAGCGUAUGUGUGCAGAGGGCGCCACUAAGAUAUUGGAGGCGUGCAAAGAGAUCGUGAAGGGAGAUGUAGAUCUAUCCUCGUGGGAGAAGAAGAUCAAGGAGGAGACUAAUGUGGAGUUUGAUUAUGAUGAGAACACUGAAGUUGGCGAGACGAUUGUGGAGAAAGCAGACACCUCAUACUACACCCACGAGAAGUACAAAUCUGGUAUCCUCACUGUUGGGUGCGUGGGACAGCCCAAUGUGGGCAAGUCGUCGCUGCUGAACGCGCUGAUGGGGCGCUGUGUGGUGUCGGUGUCGAAGACACCUGGCCACACCAAACACUUCCAGACGAUAUUCUUGACACCACAGGUACGUUUGUGCGAUUGUCCAGGGCUGGUGUUCCCGUCCACUGUUCCAAGACCAAUACAGAUCCUUAUGGGGUCGUACCCCAUAGCUCAGCUGAGGGAACCCUACACUGCUAUAAGGUACAUAGCAGAGCGACUUGACCUCCCGAAGCUACUCCGCAUUGACCACCCUGAAGGAGACAACACAUGGUCGCCUAGAGACAUUUGCGAUGGGUGGGCGAAGAAGAGAGGUUAUCUCACCGCUAAGGCUGCCAGACUAGACACUUAUAGAGCAGCUAAUAACAUACUCCGAAUGGCUCUGGACGGGAAGAUAUGUCUGUGGCUCCGACCUCCAGGAUUUGCUGAGCAAAAAGAAAAACACGAAACAGCUGAGGAAAUAAAAUACAUUAAAUGGGUACAAGCUCUCACUGGUGCAAGUGUGAUAGAGGAAGUGACGUCAUCAGACGAGGGUCACCAGUCUGAGGGUGAUUCAGACGCAGACGAGAGCAGCGGUGAUGAUGAUGAAGAGGAACAAACCAUUAUGGCCAACAAAUUCGCAGCUUUGACUAGUCAAGACUGA